UUUGUAUUAAACUGCUUGGGUUACAUAAGUGGCCAAAUGGUUGAGAGGACAGUUAUGAAAAUGAUGUAUUCUGACCUACAAUGACAUUAGGUCCUGGGGUCGUCGGCGACCCAAGGAUGAGGAAUAAACUACUCCUAUAUAUCCUAUAUUCAUCAUAAAAUCACCUUGAUUUAACCAAAAUCUAAUUAUGUUAACAUAAAGUCACCAUCCCAUCGUAGUCGAUAUUGUAGCCAGGGAUCUGUCCGACCAGCAAGUUUGAAAACAGCAAGAUAAGUGUCUCCAGACUAUGCUUAACAACUCUGCACGUCUCCCAGACCAGCUUCACAUUAUCUUGAGUUACCGAAUUUGAAGCAAUGUCAACAUUUACUUCGGGAGGGAGCGAGUGCAGCGGUUACCUAAAUGGCCUAUUCGUACAGAAUUAGAGAUGGACUACGCUAAAAUAACGAAGCCUAUAUAACACAGGCUACGCUCUGACCAGCUGUGUUUCCUGUCCUCGUGGUUUGAGAAUGUUUCCGUGGCUGCAACAAAGUGUCGCGUCGUUGCUCUGAGAGACGGAGUUCUUGACAGUCAAAGGAGGGGGCUUCAGCAUUCGCAUUAUAUUUUCCACAUCCUGAAGACACCGCGCAAUAGACUACUGUGAAUUUCCUCAAAAUCACGUCUAUUUGCGGAGAAACAAAGAGAGAGAGAACGGUACAAUCUACUGACGCUGUUUUUCAUGAUUUCUAUUAGGCUACGAUUUGGUCUCAAAAAGCUGCAGUUUCAACAAUUUGACAGUUUUGAUACCGCCCACUUCUGAAAAUUGACAUCUGCUUGGCAGAUUUCCUUUGGCACGUUGAACGUAAUGUAGACUUUACCGCGAAAAAUAUUUCCGAGUCACCGUUUUAUGCUUGCGCCCUGUCCCGGAGAAGAGGGGAUAGCAAACCGCUUGACUGUUGUUCCAAAUCCUAUCUGCGGUUACUUUCGUUCCAAAUCCGAUGAGACAGGACAACUCACAGUGGUCAUUCGUUUUAUUGUGCCGUGUAGCGGAAGGCAGCACGUGCAUAACCGAGAUCAGUAUUGUUUAAAGAUAGUGUUGGUUGGCUUUUAACUUCAAACAUUGUCUAGAUUGGUUACGUUGUGCAAAACCCCAAGAGACAUAUCAAGAUGCUGUUAAAGGAGUACAGGAUAUGCAUGCCGCUGACAGUUGAGGAGGCCUAGACGGAGCAACAUUGAACUUCACAUGAAGAGAGAGAAGAUAGCAGCCAAUGUGACACACAAACACAGAACAUGGAGCUAAAUCACUUUGCAUGAAGAGCCAGGCGACGGAAGGUCACCGGAUUGGUCCCUACCCCGAAUCUAGCCGAGGUCUGUCAUUGUACAGGAUCGGUCAGCUGUACAUGAUCAGCAAGCACAGCCACGAGCAGAGUGACCGCGGGGAGGGGGUGGAGGUGGUGCAGAACGAGCCAUUUGAGGACCCCAACCACGGCCAGGGCCAGUUCACCGAGAAACGCGUCUACCUCAACAGUAAAUUGCCCAGUUGGGCUCGUGCAGUGGUGCCCAAAAUUUUCUAUGUGACUGAAAAGGCUUGGAAUUAUUAUCCCUACACCAUCACAGAGUACACCUGCUCCUUCCUCCCCAAGUUCUCCAUCCACAUAGAGACCAAAUACGAGGACAACAAAGGCAUCAAUGACCACAUAUUCGACAGUGAGCUGAAGGACCAAGAGAGAGAGGUGUGUUUCGUCGACAUCGCCUAUGAUGAGAUCCCCGAGCGCUACUACAAAGAGUCCGAGGACCUGCGGUACUUCAAGUCGGAGAAGACUUCCCGCGGGGUUCUUCAGGAGGGCUGGAGGGACACUCAGGAGCCAAUCAUGUGCUCCUACAAGCUGGUCACCGUCAAGUUCGAGGUGUGGGGACUGCAGACGCGCGUGGAACAGUUUGUACACAAGGUGGUGCGCGACGUGUUGCUCCUGGGACACAGGCAGGCCUUCGCCUGGGUGGACGAGUGGAUCGACAUGACGAUGGAUGAGGUAAGAGAGUUUGAGCGCGCCAUCCAGGAGGCCACCAACGAGAAGAUCGGAAUGUUCCCCCCGUCCAUCUCCAUCAGCGAGACGCCCCUCUCCUCCUGCGCCCUCACCGGCCCCGCCAGCGCCCCCUCCACCCCCCUCUCCACCGACGCCCCCGAGUUCCUCUCCGUCUCCAAGGAGCGGCCCCGCAAGAAGUCCGCCCCCGAGACCCUCACCCUGCCUGACCCGGCGGCCCAGCAAGGCGUCCCUCGAUCCGGCCCCGCGCCCGGCCCUCUUCCCAACCACUUCCCCUCGCCCCCCUCCGACUCUGACCUUCCAGAGUUGGCGGGUGAAUAGGGAGGCGCGGUGGUCUGGGGCUUCUGUUGUUUUGUCGCCCCCCCCCCCCCCCCCCCCCCCCCCCCCGCCCGCCCCUUGAGCUCCCCUGCACCCCCUUGCCUCCCCCCCCGUCACCCCGAUUGUCUUAGAAGCCCAACAAAACUUGCCUAUAGCCUCCACAAAACACACACCCCAGUGCCCAGUGCUGCAAGCAAACUAUAGCCAUAUGCCAGAGGUCAGCCCUACUUACACAUAUCGCCACGGUUUAAGGUUGAUCCCACAAGUCUCCCGUCUCCACCUUCCUCCUCGAUGAGCAGGCAGCUGUGGGCUCAGCUACCCCCUCUGUGUUGGACUUCCUUUUCCUGAGUUUGUAGCCAACCCGAUGACAGAUCUGCUGUUUACCCAUCCAGUGUAAUGAGUGAUCACGCACCCCCACGAUUUCGGUGUUUCCUUAGUUUGAGUCAUUGUUUCAGUGUGAUCGAUUCGUGUGUGUGUGUGUGUGUGCGUUACGAUGCAGACAAAAUGUCCAACCAAACAUUUCUUUUUCAACUCAAGGGAUAGCUGAUUAGCUUGGUGUCGCUAAAAAGUGGUUGCCUUGGCAACGGAGAUUUCGAAACCUGACGCCUUUGAUUCCUUUUGCACACUCGAGUGAACGAGUGAAUGUUUUUGUACUUGGCAGCCCACGAAAUAUCCAUGUGCAGUGAAUUCUUUUCAAGCUGAAAUAAAAUCGUGUGAAUAACCCCAUCCUUCAGACAUGCUAAAAAAAAAACUUUUAUGGCAUACUGUUGUUAGCUGUUAGAACUGCAAUGACUACUGACAAACACCACAAAUGCUCAAGCAUAUUUGUGUCAUGGACAUCCCCCGUAUCCAAUCUCUCCUCUUGCCUGUGUCUCCCAUUCCCUCCACUCGACACCCCCAGACAGUGUAACCAGAUGCAGGACCAGUACAAUCACACACAGAGAGAGAGCCCAGCUCAGGUCUCCAAAUCUCCUGUCUGGCCCCACUUUGGACAGACGGGGUCAUUGACUGUACCUCUCUCUCCCUCCUCAAUGCUCUACGGCCAUGUUUGGUAUCCCACUCCACAGAUAUUAUACUGUCUCUGUACUCAACAGGCUAACUUGACCUUUCGGAAACGUUUACACAACAGUUACAGGCUCCACGGAAUACAUUACCUUAUGAAAAUCGUGGUGAGCGCCGCUAUUGGUUUGCUCCUAUAUUUGUUUGCUAACUCUGUAACUGCCGUUGUAAUGACUCAGCGUUGUCGCCAUUUUGUUACGGAGCAAAACUCGAAUUUUUCAAAACAUAGUGAUGGACUGUGGGACGUAUCAGUUCAUGCAGUUGUACGACAGAUACGCGUCUUUAUCCGUUCAUUCCUCUGAUCAACAAGGCUCCCAGAUUUGGGGAGGGGGGUGGAAGUGGGGGCAGAACAAUCAAUUGUCUCUGUACGGAGGUGGGAGGGAACAUAUCCAUGCUCAUAAAGGGUAUCGAACUGGCCUUGUCGUGUGCUUGGUUGGCUUUCUGUCACGUUUUUGGAAUGCCCGUGUUAUGACAUGCCAGCGUUGGUAGAUGACAGGCCAGGGUCAGAGUCUGACCCUGCUGACCUUUGACCUUUCCAGCGACCCGGUGGCUUCUAGUCUGAAACCUGUCUGAACAACGAGGGUGUUCACAUUAGGAACACACACCUUCAAACAACAAUUACUGCAACUUCUGGCUACUAGGGGGUCAAACGACAGUGACCGUCAUGGCAUACUUAUCAGCAAAGCAGAGCAAGCAUGUCUCUAUGCUACAGAGAAAGACCACUCUCUAUAGGAGGAAACAUGGUCUCUCAAAUGGAAUGCCCUUAUUAAGAUACUAUAUUUUUUCCAUUUUAUAGUCACGGAGAUCAUGGGAGUCUGUUAUUUCCGCAUGAAAUGUUUCACAGGCAUAUAUACAUAGUUAUGUAUAGUAUGUAUGUAUGUAUGUAUGUAUAUAAUUGACGGGAUGUGCAGAAGAUGAAUGCUACAUUGUAGGCUCUGUUAGUUAAGCACUGUAUACUAAACAAAUGCAAAGUUUUGAAUGAAUCUGAGCAUGCACCUGAAGGACAGUUCUCUACUCAGUGCCUCUGCAUGCGAAAAGUGUAUCGUACUGUCCAUAUACCAUAACCUCUGAGCAUAUUUCGACAAAGAAAAAAAAUGCAAUUUGUUGUAACUUUACAAGAUGUUAAUUUCUCUCCCUUCUUCAAGAUCUGUACAUUUUUAAGUCCAUCUCCCCAUUCGUCAUUCAUGGGACGUGAUCCAUAUUAUGACCAUGUAAACACCUGUAUAGUUCAGUCAAGUCCUUAUCGUGUUUAGUUGGACCAAAGUUCCUCUGCAACACUUGUGUUGCUCUCAUGUGUAGACAGGACUCUCAUUCUUGGUGUCGUUUCCACUGAACAACUGUAGCUAUGAUCCCCAUUAUUUUUCCGUACAGUUUUAGAAAACUCAUAACUGGUGAUGACUGUCUGUCUUUUCAGGUACACAGAAAUCCAGGGAUGAUUUAGAUUGCCAGUGGGCCUCCAAAAGUAAUGCAUAUUGACUAGGAGCAUGUUCUGUUCAUUUGCAAAGAUUAUGGAUUUUGUUUUGUAAAUACUGUAAUCUUUGGUUGACAUUAGCUGCAAAUAAUCAUUGUCAGGUUCAUAUUAUGUACAAUAGAUAGUGUUUUUUUCUUCUUGAAUGGGGAAAGACAGAAGUGAGAUACUUGUCGAUGUAGGCCUAUGUUGGAAUAAAUCAAAACCUUUAUAUUCUUUUAAUCUGGCAUUGAAAAUAACAUUGUGAUAUCAUUCAAGAUUUUGCCUUUUGAUUAAAAUGUAUAUUUUGCAAGCUCCUCAUAGUAGCUGUGCACUUUUGACUGUCCAGUUGCUUUUGGUGGUUCCACAUGUCCAACCUAAUCUAUCAAUAACAUUUUGUUUUAAAUGCGGUGGCUAUUGUAUUCACUUUAUCACUUUUUACAUCUUAAAUCACAGGUUGGGUUUUCUGUUGUAAUUUUCCAGUACCGCUGUAGUUUUGAUUUUGUGUUUGCUGUUAUUCAAAAUGGAUUCUCCUUGUUUUUUUUAAUAAAGGACCAAGCUUUUGCCGUCACCUCUUUUUAGUGCGGUUUGCAUCCAGCCAGGUUGUAUCGUCUCUGAAGUGCCAUCCUGAGUCGGCUGCGGGAAGUCGCUCUGGGUUCCUCCACUUGCUAUGUUUAUGUUUUCAUGGCUCUCUUGACAGUCAUUUGGUUCUUGGUUGUACUUCUUUUUUUUCUUUUUUUCUUAAAUCUUGUAGUAAAUAAAGUUUACUUGCCACUAUA